CCUGGCUAUAGAGUAAUGGUACACUACAUGUAGCUUGACGGGCGCUUGCUAUACCAGUAGACUGACUGCCUACACCCACCAUGGGCAUGUAACGCCAUAACCGCAUAACUUUGUGAUGGCGUCAAGUCAACAAGACAACGCCUCAAUGGAGGAGACAAUGCAGAACUCGACUCUACUGACGCAAGGACUCGGUCUAGCAGACAACAGGGAUCACCUACAGCUGUGUGUGGUGCACAUUCUGCUCGCACUCUGGGGCUGCUUGGCUAACUCCAGUCAGAUAGUCAACAUUUUAUUCAGCCGACAGUUGAGAUCUCAGCUGAAAAAUGUAUGUUUUCUCAACCUUUGUCUAGUGGAACUGGUCAACGCCGGCUUUCUGUGUCCACUCUACUCGGACACUCUGAUGCAGGGCACCUGGAGGCACAGUGUCACCACCUGUGUUGUCUACGAGCUGACCUUCUACACACAGGUGUGUGUGUCCACCCUCGGUGUGCUGGCUGUUCUGCUCGAGCGGUUCUACUACCUGCUGACCUUGCGAACCUCACAGGUCAAGGUCUGGUCUACAGCCCUACUGGCCACGCCUUGGCUCCUCGGUCUGCUGCUGGUGCUGCCUUUGUUCUGGUAUGGGUCGUCUGCUAGACUCAGUCUGGUGUCUGGUUCGUGUGAAAUCAUUUGGAAAAAACAUUACCAAACCCUGACAAUAUUCGCCAGCUUUUUCUGCCCAGCCUUCCUCGAUUUGGCUCUGGUUGCCGCCCUCGUCAUGAUGCACGUCAUGUUGUCAGUCGUUGCUAGGAAACCAGAGUUUCAGUCUAAUCAAGACAGGACGGUGCUGUGUGAGUCUCUGCGGGUCAUGCUACUGACCAGCUUCACGUGCGUGCUCCUCCAGUUUCCCUUCUUCCUGGUGCUGCUGCUGGACAUGUUCUGCCAGAGAGAGCAGAGUGCCGGCUGUGGUCAGCCAGAGGGCACGUGGGCGGGGGUCAUGAUGCUCAUCAUGCUCAAACCGGGGGUGACUCCACUCACUGGACUCGCCUACUCCGACCUGAGGCGCGGGUUCUACGUCUUCUGGCGCCGAGAGAAAUGUCGAGAGGUUUACACUGGUUCAGAACUGUGUAGUGUAGGCCAGUCGCAGCUCACGCUUCAGUCCAGCCUCAUGUGACGUCAUUGGGUUUUUUUAAAGAUCAAAGUCUCGAAUAACCUAAAUUGAGAAGAAAAUGAACUAACGGCAGUUUUUUUUUUAUAUUGAAGAAAGUUCCGGAAGAGAAAGUCACGUUAAACAGACUUUCUUUCGAUGAUCUUUCCAUGGAAAGUUUUUACAAGCUUCUAUAUAUCUUGCUUCAUCACGUUUAUUAGGUGCGCAAUGGUUUUAGUCAUGAAACUCUAUAGUAAUAUUUUUAAAUUUAAAGUACUGAAAAAAUGCAUGAAUUGAUAAAGUGCAAUAUGGUAGAUAAAACAUGGAUAUUUUAAACACUGCCUUUUAUUUAUUUUAUACACUGAACAUACUGUUUACUAAUUAUUAAUCGAACUUUCCGUUUGCGGACAGGCUGGGGUUUUUACAAGCUUUUAUUUAACUCACUUCCUCGUCAGUCGUCAGUCGUCAGUCUAGACCGAAACGCAGGAGUGAAAAUUCGGAAACUUCUACUUGACCGAUACGAUUCACACUUGGCACGUGGGUCAAGACAUGAAGACAAUGCAAUCUAAAAUUAAAUUUGACUUAAUUGAAUGCCUAAUUAAUUUUUUAUGAAUUAAUUAAAAUUUGGACCGAAUUAGUAGGCAUGUCUAGCCAACUACACCACACGCGUCAUCACGUUCAGUAGCUGCGCCAUCACGGUACGUUCAAUAGCUGCGCCAUCACGUUCAGUAGGCGCGCAAUGGUUUUUAGUCAUGUAACUCUAUUGUAAAUAAAACAUGUAAAGUACUGAAAAAAAAUUCAUAAAAAACGUUUUAAUAACAAGCUUUUAUGUAAUAAUGCACUAA